AUGCUUAUUACGGAAUUGACGAUGGGUAAGGAUAUAAUGAAAGUUCGAAAGAAAAACCUCAGAUCUGCAACGCACACAUUAAUUGUGAUUAUCACUGCUUAUUUAAUUAGCAAUUUACUCUGCUUGAUACUAUCAUCAGUUGACUUUUUUUUUCCUGGGAUGCUACAAACAGAACACAAAAAACUACACUUGAUAAGUACAGAUGUGGCUCAGGUACUUACGGUUAUGGGCAAUGCAAUACGAUGUCCGGCGCAUUUGUUUUCCAAUUCAGAUAUUCGCCACCAUUUUCGGCUCAUGUUGUUGGGCGAUGAAAGAAAAAUACAAGUGGCUGCUGAAACAUCUUCACGACGUAUGUCACAAAAAGUUGAAGCUCCAUGGCUCUCACUGUUGAUUAUACCAAACGACAGUGCCAGUCUAUUGUACGGUAACGACGCUAAAGAAGGAGCAUUAAGACGCUUCAGUGCCAACGUUCUUCUCCCGUGUAGUCGUCGUUCGUCACUGUCAUCACCGCAGGAAAUACGACGUAACACCUACUGUUACGGCAAUCAUUUGACAGCCCCAAAUAACUAUGACGUUUCUGAACGUUUGUACAGUGAUGAUUCUGUUGAAAUUUUAUUAUAGCU